AUUCAAUCUUGCAUACCAACCAAGCUACAAUCACAGCAAAACACAAACAAACAACAUCUUCACAAUGACUACAAAUUCAUUCGGAUCAGCCCUUCCCCGCUUUGACUUCCACCAACCCCCAGCCCCCAGAUUCACAGCGAGACUGGCCCGCUCAUUACCCACUGCAGCGCUCGUCACAACAGCAGCAGCUACAUACUGCCUCACAUAUUAUGUCCUAAGACAACAAUACACAACUGUAAAAGCUCAACACAAUCGGGCUGUAGAGACGUUGAACGAAAUGAAAGAACGAGGGAAUAAAACAGACGAGUGGGUGAAGAAUGAUGCAUUAUGGUGGACGGCAUUCUAGACGGGACAUGGACGGGUUUGGCGUUUUGGGACAUCACUAUGCAUUUUUGAGAUGGGCUAUUGGCAGGGACAUCACUUCGACAUACAAUUGAGAUUGAGAAUUGUAUGACACUACAAUUCGAGUUAACAUGAAUCCUAGCAUUUAUAUAUGUUGGAAUCAGUACAGAUCCGAUGAUCAUCUGCGCCAAGGAGGGCUCAAGAAGCCAUUCAAACUCCAAGCACAUCGGCGAAGAGAGAGAAAAUUCAUAGAAAAUAAGUAUUCAAUUCAUCUUCCUUCUUACCAA